AUGGAUUUGCUUCGGACACUAAUCAUUGAUAAUUAUGAUUCGUAUACUUUCAAUCUACUUCAGCUAUGGAAUAAAGAAGACGUUCAUAAAAACGUCGUCGUUAUACGCAACGAUCAGUUUGAAUGGGAUUAUUUUGUAGAUAAUAUUGCUCCUCAUUUUGACAAUAUAAUUAUCUCACCUGGGCCAGGAAGACCGGAUAAUGUGUCGGAUUUUGGUAUUUGCACCCGUAUACUCCAGCUUGAUGAUGUUCCAAUCCUUGGUGUUUGUUUAGGCCAUCAGGGCAUUGGCAAUGUAUUCGGCGCCCAGAUAAUCCAUGCACGGAAUAUUAUGCACGGUAGACUGAGCCCUAUUUACCAUAAUGGGACUGGCCUCUUCAACGGAAUACCAAACCCAUUUUCAGCAGUCAGAUAUCAUAGUCUUGUGGUCAAUAACGAAGAUUUACCAAAAGAUUUAAUGGUUAUCGCAACCACUCUGGAUAGCGAAGAACUAACAGUUAUGGCAUUGAAACAUGCCCAUAAGCCUAUAUACGGAUCAAUAUGCACUGAGCAUGGCCAUCAAUUGUUGAUGAAUUUCCAAAGAUUGAGUUUAGAAUAUUUGAAACGGAGCCAUGCAACCAGUUUAUUUUCACAAAUACCAUCCCAUAUAUUAUCUUUAUCGGUAUUUCCGGCUAUAGCUGGCAUUCCGCCACCGUUGUCUCAUACGACGACACCCCUGCAGAUAGUAUUCAACAAACUAAAUGAUGAUUAUUGGAGAGAUCCUCAGUUAAUAUUUCAGCAAAUCAUAUCAUUAGAUCAAUCUACUCUUGGAACAUGGUGGCUUGACAGUGCAAAGGAAAAUGUCUCUCAAUGUCAAUAUUCAUAUAUGGGAUCUACUCCGGCAUGUUCAAGUUCGUUCUCAGUCUCUUAUUUAACAAAAACCAAGCAACUCCAACUGGCGUGCUCUAACGGAAAGCUUAUGUCAAAACCGCUUCUUGGUUCAACCACAUUUUGGGAUUGGAUGACAGAAAUUACGAACAAACUCAAUAGCCGGAUUAAAAGUACUAUUGUCAUGAAUAACAACCAGAUUAUUGACGAUACAAUCCCAUUUGAUUUCCAUUUGGGCAUGGUUGGAUUUUUCGGAUACGAGAUGAAAAUAGAAUCACUGCCCGGAUAUGUGGUACCAAGCAAUCAGCAAAUAUCGAACCAUCAACCAGAUGCUGCUUUUAUAUUCGCCACCCAAGCCGUAAUAUUUGAUCACGAUAGGAGAAAUAUAUGGCUAGGUUGUUUAAUACGUCAGAACGCUGAGGAACACAUUUUAGAUGAUAUUGAACAGGAAGUAGGAAUAAAUAUCGGAAUGUUGAUGGAAGAAUGCGUGUCAUGGUUUCAAUGUAUGGACGCAAAAAUAUGUGGCUUGAAAAAUAAUUUCGAAACAUCUGGAACUAUCGCAAAAACUGGGAAAGAAGAAACCGAACCAAUAACUCCAAAUUCAUUUCCAUCUUUUGCAGAACCUUCACAGGCUGCAUUUAUUCCAGACUUACCUUCACGAACUUACAUGCAGCAAAUCAAAAAUGCUCAGUCGUACAUACAGCGCGGCGAAAGCUAUGAAGUUUGUUUGACUACACAAUUUCGUCACAUACUCACUUCUCGUUUGCCCAACAUCAUUGACCUAUAUUUAUAUAUUCGGACACACAAUCCGGCUCCCUUCUCUGCCUUUCUGAAUUUCACCACAGACAAUUUGGUUGUAUUGAGUUCAUCACCAGAGAAGUUUAUUGAAAUCAAUAGACUAGGAGAAGUUGAAAUGAAGCCUAUAAAAGGAACAAUGGCAGUAGCAAAGGGAUGUUGGUGCGAUGAUAAGGAAAAUUGUGAUGGUGGAAUCAAGUGCCAGAAAGAAGCAGAAAGAGAGAACAAGAAAAGAAUACGAGAUCUUGGCAGCAGUGUUAAAGAACGAGCUGAGAACUUAAUGAUCGUUGAUUUAAUACGAAAUGACCUUGCCCAGAUGUGUUUGCCACAUACAGUAAAGACACCAAAAUUGAUGGAGGUUGAAUCUUAUGAGACUGUACAUCAGUUAGUAACAACAGUGUGUGGACAGCUGAGAGAUGAAAUUGACUGUGUUACUGCUGUAAAAUGCUGCUUCCCACCCGGCUCAAUGACCGGUGCCCCCAAGCUCCGCAGCGUUCAACUUUUGGAUAAAUUAGAAUUUUACACUCCUCGUGGCGUAUACUCUGGCUGUCUCGGCUAUAUAUCUCUUCCCUAUAUUGCGCAGUCUAACCAGCAUAAGCAUUUUACCCGAGGAACGGCUAAGUUUUCUGUUAUUAUCCGGACUGCCGUAAUCAACUCCGGAACAGAAGUCUCUGUCGGUGCCGGAGGAGCAAUUUUGCAUUUAUCAGAUGCAAAGGAAGAAUGGGAUGAGGUGCUUGUUAAAUCGCGUGCGGUUAUUCCAAGGUAUACAAAUGCUUCUAAUGUGUGA